AUGGCGAAUUUGGAGGGUUUCAGGGGCGGGAGAGGAAGGGGGAAGCUGCUGCGUUUGGAGCUGGAGGAGAAGAGGGCUUUAAUUGCGGCGGAGGCAGAGGAAGGGCGGCGGGAGGAGAAGGGGGUGUUGGAGGAGGAGACCGGUCGUGACAAAAAGGCUGGCAAGUCCUCAGAGCCAGCGAGGAGGUCUGCUGGUGGUGUGAAGAUUCUCACUCCUGCUGGGGACAAGGGCAAAGGGCCAGCGAAGAAGUCAGCUGGUGGUUCCAAGGUUCUCCCCUCUGCCGGUGGAAAGGGUAAGGGCAAAGCUGUGGUGCCCUCGGCUGCUGAGUCAGAGGAUCUUGUUCCUGGGCCCAUUUCGAGUUUAUCGGGUAAGGCAUUAGUUAAUGCGCUGCUAGCUCGUGUCCACUCGGAGGACCAGGAGAAAGUGGAGAAUUUGUCUCGGGCGUCUCUGGCUACUCAGCUAUGCCAGCUGGCUCUUCAGGUAGAGUCACGGUUAUGGGGUGCCGUUAAGUGCAUCCAUGACUAUGAUAUGGCAGAGAAGGAAAGAGAAAAAGAGCAGGUAGAGGUCGCCAAGCGCGAUGAUGUUGUUGCUGGAGUUGUGGAGCGCUUGAGCAAGGCUGAGGCGGAGGUUGUUGAGUUGAAAGCUAAAUUAGCUCAGGUGGAGGUGGAGAGAGCGUCCUUGGCCUCCGAAUUAUCGAGGGCCACAAAAGAGGGCCAUGAAUGCCUGGCCAGGUUCAAAGCUAGUUAUGAAAGAGACUACGAGGAAGCCAGGCGGGGCUGGAAAAGGAUACUUGUGGAAGCUCAGAACCGCGCGUUCGUCCUGGGGGCUCGAGAUCAACGCCUGGAGUAUUUUUUGUCUCCGCGGGGUCAACAUUUCCUGGGGUUGAUGCUGGAAGGCACUCUGGAGGCUUUCAAAAAGACUCCCGAAUACUUGGCGGAUUUUGGACCCCUCUUUGCUUAUGUGAUAGAGCAAACAGCUUCCAAGGCACUGGAGAUGGCGGGGGCCACCCCAGAGCAACUUGCCACUUUGAAUUUCAGAGCCCUGAUGGAUAACCUCCAGGAUGAGGAGAUAAAUAAGCGGAUGGGGAUCCCUGCGCAUUCUCCAGAGAAGCCAGAGUGGUGGUACCCAGUACUAGAGAAGGCCAUUCCCUAUUUUUCUCUUGGGAUUGGAUCUGACUCGCUGCCCUCCACUCCUGUGUAUGCACCUGCGUUCUCUGCUUCCUUGGCGCGCUUUGUGAACCGGCUGCGGGAUCCUUCUGGCGAGAGCUCCCGAACAUUUUCCCAAUUCGGCCUGGAGCCUCCCCUGCCCUCUGACUUAGCGGCUUCUGUCUUCACCGACUCUGCCCCUUCCCCCGCUGCGGUGGGACAGCUGUUCGACCUGUACCAAAAUGAGGAUCUGUAUGUGCAAGAGGCUGCAAAGUUGUUGGAUUUGGGAGUUCGUCUUCCUCAAGUGAAGGAAACUGGCCCGUUGCCCGUGUUCACAGAGAAAGCCGUUUCUGGCCAUGCUUCUGCCAGUGGUGUUCCUCCCCUAAUUUCAUCUGCCUCUGCUCUUGUCUCCUCUGCUGCUGCUCAAGCUGCUUCUGUUCCUCCCUCUUGA